UAGAGAUGAUCGGACAAAGAAGCAGCAGCCUCACAAAACCCCUCAUAAACCUCUUCCGCUUCAUAACAACCGAGUCAACUCAGACGCAACUCGCCACCCCAUCCCCAUCCUCAUCCCCAGUGAACCCAGCCCACCUCCUCCGAGUCUGCACCAUCCUCUACCAGCAGCAGAACUCACCCGCGUCACCCCCCCACCUCAACUCGUCCAACUUCCAACUCACCCAUGAGUUCUUCCUCCAGGUCUGCAACAGUUUCCCUCUUUCAUGGCGGCCCGUCUAUCUCUUCUUCCUCUACACCCAAACCCACCCCAAUUUCACUCACACCACCGUCUCGUUCAACAAAAUGGUUGACGUCAUCGGCAAGGCCAGGAACAUCCAGCUACUCUGGGACAUGCUCCAUGAAAUGGGACGACGCCGUUUGGUGAAUGAUAAGACUUUUCUUAUUGCUUUAAAGACCUUGGCCAAGGCCAGGGAGUUGAACAAGUGUGUUGAAUUUUUUCAUGUCAUGAAUGGGUAUGGGUUUGAUUAUAGUUUGGAGACUUUGAAUAAGGUGGUUGAGAGUCUUUGUGGGUCUAAGCUUGUUGCUGAGGCCAAGUUCAUAGUUUUUAAGUUGAAGGAGUCGAUUGGGCCUAAUGGGGUUACGUACAGGUGUUUGAUUGAAGGGUUUUGUGAUGUGGGUGAUUUGAUUGAGGCUUCAAAGAUUUGGAAUUUGAUGGUGGAUCAAGGGUUUGACCCGGAUAUUGGUGCCAUUGAGAAAAUGAUGGAGCCCCUUUUCAAGACGAAUCGAUACGGUGAGGCAUUGAAGGUUUUUCAGAUGAUGAGGGUGAAUAGGAUGGAUGAUUUGGGUCUUUCAACUUAUAGGCUUGUGAUUGAGUGGAUGUGUAAAAGGGGGAAGAUUGAGGAAGCUCAUGUGGUGUUCGAGGAAAUGCAAAAGAGAAGGAUCGAAGCAGAUAAUUCCAGAUUGGCUUCACUGGCUUACGGCCUUUUAGCAAGAGGUAGAGUUAGAGUGGCAUAUAAGAUUGUGGAAGGGAUUGAAAAACCGGAUAUUAACGUGUUCCAUGGGAUGAUCAAGGGCCUUUUAAGGUUAAGAAAAUUGCGUGAAGCAACAGAAGUGUUUAGGGAGAUGAUUAAAAAGGGGUGUGAGCCUAACAUGCACACUUAUAUCAUGUUAUUGCAAGGACAUUUGGGAAAGAGAGGAAGGAAGGGAUCGGAUCCUCUUGUGAAUUUUGAUACCAUUUUUGUUGGUGGUCUGGUUAAGGCAGGGAAGUCACUAGAAGCCACCAAGUAUGUAGAGAGAGUGAUCAAAAGAGGACUUGAGGUGCCUAGAUUUGAUUAUAAUAAGUUUUUGCAUUACUACUCAAAUGAGGAAGGGGUGGAGAUGUUUGAGGAGGUGGGGAAAAAACUGAGGGAGGUCGGGUUGGUUGAUUUGGCGGAUAUUUUUCAAAGAUACGGGGAGAAAAUGGCCACGAGAGAUAGAAGAAGAAAUAGAGCAGUAGAGCCAUGAAGAGAGCUUGAAUGUGCUAUUUAAUUUACUGAUAUAUGAGAUCAGGUUGUAGUGAGUUUGAAUUGAUGAUUUUGAAGACAUACUUUAUAUUGACCUUGUCCCUCUUUAAAUUUACCUGGGUGGAAUGAAGAGAGAGAGAGAGCUGACAUGAUCUAACUUCAAGUUCAUUGAGAACUGCCUAGAAUCAGUUGAGAGCCUUCGGAAACUGUAGCAGAAGUACAAGGUUGAUAUUGCAGUAUAUGGUUAUGUGCACAGUUAUGAAGGGACGUGUCCCAUUUACCAGAAUAUUUGCACCAACAAGGAGAAGCACCUUUAUCGUUUGGCAUGGCUUUCAGUUCAUCAUCGUGUUCUGUUUCAUUGGAUGUAGAGAAUGGGUUUCAUUCACUGGAGAAUGGGUGACGUUGGGAUUUUGUUCUGCAAAACCCAUCAGUUGAUGAUUGUAUUGGGGUCUUUUCUCCUGCUAAUUUCAGUGCUUCCACCUGCUGCCCUGAGGAAAAUCCAAGAGUUUCUAUCCCCCAUUUUUGUGUUCUUCACCUAUCAAGGUUGUACAUUGUUUCUUGCCAGAGUGAAAAAAGGAGCUACAGAACAGAAGUGAGUGACAUGAAAGUGUUGCCUUUUCCAUUUUCAGUAUGCAAAUUACUCGGCUCCUGAGUACAAAGUACAAAGACACCGGGAAAGGUUUCUUAAGGCUUCAGCUGAUCAACCAGAGAUGGGACUUGGCGCUAUUCUCUGGUGGUUUAUUGAAUGUACGCUGAAAACUGUCUUGAUUAUAUAUUCUGCAAGGUCAUGUGGUAACUAGUUUGUCUUGCGGACCAAGUAGUAAAGAAUUCGUUGUUAUGCUUGGAUUUGUUGUUUUGUUUUUCUUUUUUGAAGGAGAAGAUUGGAUUAUCGAGUGUUUAGGUACUGGCACAUACAAAUUGUGACUCCUUCUGAUAG